AUGAAACCCCAAGACCAGGGAGCCCGUGGAGAGCCUGCUGUUGUUCAAGACCUUCUGGAACAGCACAGACAUGGAGGGUCCAGCUGUUGUAAACCCUGCUGCUGUGAGUCCUGCUGUUGUAAACCUUGUUGCUGUCAGUCCAGUUGUUGUAAACCCUGCUGCUGCCAGUCCAGCUGUUGCAAGCCCUGCUGUUGUGAGUCCUGCUGUUGCAAGCCCUGCUGCUGCCAGUCCAGCUGCUGCCAGUCCAGCUGUUGCAAGCCCUGCUGCUGCCAGUCCAGCUGUUGCAAACCCUGCUGCUCCAGCUGCUGUGCCCCUGUGUGCUGCCAGUGCAAGGUCUGA